GAUUUCUUCCCAUGCGAAAAUAGUCCUAGCAUCCAUAGCUCUGUCUAUGAAUUUGAGAGUGGUUACAUUUCUCCAGUCCCAUCCAUCAACUUUUUAGCUAAACAGUGGCGGGGUGUUCUUUGAUAUUGUUUCAACUACUGAUUGACGCUUUAACAUCUCGCCUCAAAACGGACCCCUGGUCCACACCCAGAACGCCCGCGAGGAACGCCUUAGCGACACAGGCAGAGAGCGCUGAAUGCUAGAAGCGGGCAAUACCAUGACCGUGUAGCCUAGCAGCCUGUGUUGCGGUACGCAGUGUGAAGAUAGGCUGAAUACCGUCAGAAAAAGCUAACUUAUUGGGAAGCCGCGAAUGUAAGGACAGAUCUGCCGGUUCUAGCGCACCUAAGGAUUUAGAAGAAGAGAGCAAGCAUCGCAUCCUAAUCAGGAAGGAACAGAACACAUUCCUCUUAUCCUGAGUUAACUUCAGGGCCUCAAACACAACGCUACACCCCUGUUGCAGAACGGUGGUAUGGCUGAUAGUGGCAUGGACGUAAAGCCUCCUGAACCUGAAUCAGUCAGCAUCCCGAUGGAGGAAACCAUCUGUAAUGGGGGAACACAGGAGCCUUCUCUGUUGACAAAUCUGAAGAAGGUGGAGAACCACAUCACGGAGGCCCAGCAUUUCUCCCAUCUCCCCAAGCGUUCGGCGGUGGACCUGGAAUUCACAGAGCUCUCCUACACCAUCCGGGAAGGGCCGUGCUGGAGAAAGAGAGGUUUUAAAGCCUUACUUAAGUGCCUGUCGGGGAGGUUCUGCAGCCGAGAGCUGAUUGGAAUCAUGGGGCCCUCAGGGGCCGGCAAGUCCACUCUGAUGAACAUCCUGGCUGGCUACAGGGAAACAGGUAUGAAAGGGAAGAUCCUGGUGAAUGGGAAACCCAGAGAUCUCCGCACGUUUCGUAAGAUGUCCUGUUAUAUCAUGCAGGAUGACAUGCUGCUGCUCCACCUCACUGUCCGGGAAGCCAUGAUGGUUUCGGCCAACUUGAAGCUCAGUGAAACUAUGGACGUGAAAAAAGAACUGGUGAAUGAGAUCCUGACUGCUUUAGGGCUCCAGGAGUGUGCUCACACUCGCACCAGCUCCCUAUCUGGGGGGCAGUGUAAACGGCUGGCAAUCGCCCUUGAGCUAGUCAACAAUCCCCCAGUCAUGUUCUUUGACGAGCCAACCAGUGGUCUGGACAGUGCCUCCUGUUACCAAGUGGUUUCUCUUAUGAAAUCUCUAGCCCUGGGGGGACGCACCAUCAUCUGCACCAUCCACCAGCCCAGCGCCAAACUCUUUGAGAUGUUUGAUAAGCUGUACAUCCUGAGUCAGGGCCAGUGCAUAUACAAAGGCACCGUCCCAUACCUCAUCCCCUAUCUGAAGAACCUGGGGCUCCACUGCCCCACCUACCACAACCCGGCAGAUUUCAUCAUCGAAGUGGCAUCGGGGGAGUAUGGAGAUUGGAAUCCUGUUCUGUUUGAGGCGGCCCAGGGUGGAAUGUGUGCCAUAGAGGAGAAGAAGAACUCAUGUGACAAAAAAGACACAUCCGCUGUUUGUCCAACAAAGUGCCUCAAGGACUCAGGAGCCAUUGAGAGCCAUUCAUUUGCCACAAGCACUCUGACACAGUUUUGCAUUCUCUUCAAUAGAACGUUGAUAACGAUAUGUCGAGACCAGGUGUUGACACACCUAAGGCUGAUGUCCCACAUCUCUAUAGGAGUACUGAUCGGCUUGCUCUACUUGAACAUUGGCAACGACGCCAGCAAGGUCUUCAACAACACCGGCUUCCUCUUCUUCUCCAUGCUCUUCCUCAUGUUCGGAGCUCUGAUGCCCACCGUGCUCACAUUUCCUCUGGAGAUGUCCGUUUUUCUGAGGGAACAUCUAAACUACUGGUACAGCCUGAAGGCUUACUAUCUGGCUAAGACCAUGGCUGACAUUCCAUUCCAGGUCCUCUGCCCCGUCAUGUACUGCAGUAUAGUGUACUGGAUGACAGAUCAGCCUCCGGAGGCCACCCGCUUCCUGCUCUUCCUGGCCCUGUCCAUCUGCACGGCCCUAGUAGCCCAGUCACUAGGGCUCCUGGUUGGUGCUGCCUCCACCAACCUCCAGGUGGCCACUUUCGUCGGCCCCGUCACUGCCAUUCCUGUCCUUCUCUUCUCGGGCUUCUUUGUCAACUUUGACACCAUUCCCAAGUACCUGCAAUGGAGCUCCUAUGUGUCCUAUGUCAGGUACGGUUUUGAGGGGGUGAUCCUGUCCAUAUACGGGAUGAACCGUACCGAUCUGUAUUGUCCGGGGAAAGUGUGUAAGUUCCAGAAGCCUGAGGAGGUCCUCCAACUGUUGGACGUGGAGGACGCCAAGCUCUACAUGGACUUCAUCAUUCUGGGGAUCUUCUUCGUGAUUCUCCGAUUCGCCACCUACCUAGUGCUGCGCUACAAGGUCAAGUCAGAGCGAUAGGUCUCACCCUCAAGGCCCCACCCUGUUCUGUGCAAAGCUAUUGUACUGGACCACGUGAGUUCAACAUCCAGUUUAUCUAUCAAUACCAUAAAUCGCUGCUUGGAAAAAUUGGAAUAUAUCACUUUUCUCUGUUGAAGUCAUGAUGGGACCAGAGAAGAGACAUCUAACAAACAUAAAUGUUUUACCUCAGCAAGUAGGACUCCAAGCAUCUACAAGCAUCUCUAUGUACAGUAGGGUAGUACUGAUGAGGGCACACAGACUGUUCAAAGGACUGACCUGCAGGAACAACCAAAAACAGAGAAUGUUUACAUAUCGUUUAGCCUUGGCAUAGCCAGAGGACAUUCUACUGUUGCACUGGAGUGUGUCUGGUUUUAAAGACAGGAUUAAUCAGUAUUGUAAUCAUGUGUUGAUUAAAUUGCCUCAACUGAACGGAACUAUUCACUUUUCUCAUGACUAUCUUUCACUCUCAUCUACGGUUUAGUUACGGUUUUGAGAACUAGAAAAUAAAUAUGACUUAUUUUACCUGAUAACAAUGUAUGAAAAACAAACCUGUACAUUAUUAGGCUAUUAACUUGUUUUUAUACUGUCUGAAAAAUGUACCUUUCUCUAAAAUGGAUGAUUCUCCUAAUUAUAUAUUUUUGGGUUUCUCUAAUCAACUCUAAUCAAUUAACUGUUCAUGUUCUACAUACUGUACUGUAUGUAUGUAUGUAUGCAAUACUGUUGAGUUUAGUUUGGGUAAUAGAUUAGAGGUAAUAUUAUCCUCAAACAUAGUCCUAAACCUGUCUCCACUGCCACAGUAAUGUAUAUAUUUAUAGUAUAACCAGAGAUGCAACAUUCAAACUUUACUUCUACCUAACAAUGGAUGACUUUCAAGGCCCAGUGCAGUCAAAACCGUUAUUUCCUGUGUUUUAUAUAUAAUUCCACACGAUGAGGUUGGAAUAAUACUGUGAAAUUGUGAAAAUGAGGAUAGUCCUCUUAGUGUAAGACCUGUUUGGGGGGGAAAAACACCUGAAAUUUCAGCCAGUUUUGGUGGGAUGGAGUUUUGACCUGCCUGGUGAAAUCACCAGGUGGUAAAUUAGUUAAUGGACCAAUAAGAAAGAGAGUUCCAAACCUUCCUGCCAAUAACAGCUAGUUUUCUGUUUUCCCCUCCCCACUCAGACCAGUCCAAGACAUUCCUAGCAAAAUUCUUACUUGAGAAAUUGCUCUUUGGUAAAAAGCUAUUUUUGUUUCUUUUUGACAAUUCUUAUUGAAAAUAAUCCCAGUAAAAGGUACUUAAUUGUUACCCAGAAAUGAUUUGAUAUUGAGAUAAAAAUGACAGUAUUUGACCUUUAAUAAUAUAAUGCCUGUUUUAUUUAAACCUUCAUUACAGUCUAGUCAUCCGUGGCUAACUGCCACCUUGCGCACAAGUAUUCACUGUCUCAGUUCGUAGGACUUUCUUGAUAUUCUUAUGAGUGUGUGUGAGUUGCAUAUUUGACCGUGGUUGGAAUUGGGAUACACGGCUUUCAGGAAAACAAGCCAAGAAAAUUAGUUACAGUAGGCUAUGUUGCAACAUUUUGUUGGAUUCUGACUUUUCAGUUACAAUAUACUGUGACAUUCCUAAAAUAUUUUAAUUAUCUCACCUAUUUUGGCCUCUUAUUCCCCACCAGCCCUCUGCUGAAAGCCUAUGUUAUAUGACAAACUUGAUAAUUUCUCUCAAUUCCACUGUACAGCAUCGCAAAUGGCUGGUAUUUCAAUAAAGACUUCAGACUUUACUAACUUAUA